UACGAGUUGUGGGUGUUGGAGAGCGAGGGAGGUGGUAGAGGGAUGAAGAGGUGAGGGAGAGAUUGUCCAGGGAUCGAAGACGGCUGCGAGGCACGCUUGUACCAUCUCAGCUCACCUCUCUCUCUCACGCACACACCCCAGUCUCUGAGACCCGGGCAUCUCUCUCUGACCAUGGACGUGUCAGCGCUGGGCAGUGGGAGCAGCUGUUCAGAGGAUUGUGUGCUAGGGUCUGGCUGUCUGGAGGACUGUGGGAACCAGAGUGACCAGACUGACUGGGAAUGGGAGGACUUCAGUGGGGCUGAGCUGGUGUGUGUGACAGCCGUGUGUGUGCUGCUGCUGGCCCUGGGCAUCGCAGGAAAUAUGUUAACCAUCCUGGUAGUUUGGCUCCGGCCACACCUGAGAAGCACCACCUACCUCUACCUGAGUAGUAUGGCCGUCUCCGACCUCCUCAUACUGCUUCUGAUGCCUUUAGAUCUGUACUACAAGCUGUGGAGGUUCCGGCCCUGGGAUCUGGGUGAUGCAGUGUGUAAGCUGAGUGUGUUCAUCAGUGAGAGUUGUACCUACUCCACCAUCCUCCACAUCACCACCCUUUCUCUGGAGCGCUACCUCGCUGUCUGUCGACCACUCACAGCCAAGACCCUGGUCACACGGACCCGCGUCCGUACUCUCAUUGGCUGCCUGUGGGUUGUGGCCUUGAUCAGUGCCGGGCCGGUGUUUGCUAUAGUAGGGGUAGAGGAGCUGGGGGGAGGUGAGGGGGAGAGCGAGUGUCGCUGUACGGACUACGCCGUCUCCUCAGGCCUGCUGGGGGCCAUGAUGUGGCUCUCCAACCUCUACUUCCUGGUGCCGCUGGGCAUUCUGGGAGUUGUGUAUGGCCUGAUCGGCAGGAAGCUUUGGCUCCGCCCACAACGCAGCAGCCGAGACCGCGCCCAGCGACACACCAUCAAGAUGCUGGGGAUGAUCGUGCUGGCGUUUGUCCUGUGUUGGCUGCCGUUCCACGUUGGUCGGACGUUGUUCUCUGUGACUCUGGGCUCCAGCGCUGAUAUGUACUACAUCUCUCAGUACUUUAACCUGGUCUCAUUUGUGUUGUUCUACCUCAGUGCUGCUGUCAACCCUAUCCUCUACAACACCAUGUCAGCACGCUACCGCCACGCUGUCCGCAGCCUGCUGCGCUCACACACACCCCGCUCCCACCACCCCCACUCACCCCACAACACUCUACCACCACCCUGUAACUCACACACACCCCGCUCCCACCACCCCCCACAACACUCUAUCACCACCCUGUAACUCACACACACCCCGCUCCCACCACCCCCCACUCACCCCACAACACUCUACCACCACCCUGUAACUCACACACACCCCGCUCCCACCACCCCCACUCACCCCACAACACUCUACCACCACCCUGUAACUCACACACACCCCGCUCCCACCACCCCCCACAACACUCUAUCACCACCCUGUAACUCACACACACCCCGCUCCCACCACCCCCCACUCACCCCACAACACUCUACCACCACCCUGUAACUCACACACACCCCGCUCCCACCACCCCCCACUCACCCCACAACACUCUACCACCACCCUGUAACUCACACACACCCCGCUCCCACCACCCCCCACUCACCCCACAACACUCUACCACCACCCUGUAACUCACACACACCCCGCUCCCACCACCCCCACUCACCCCACAACACUCUACCACCACCCUGUAACUCACACACACCCCGCUCCCACCACCCCCCACUCACCUCACAACACUCAACCACCACUCUGUAACUCACGGACACACACACACACACAGAAAACCUUGGAGAUGGAUGGAGGAAUAAGACUUUGUUUAGAGGCACAUUGUCUUUAGUGAGACAUACUGUCAGAUUUAUUGUAUAAUAUUUGGUUCAUAUAUAUUUGCCAUUUUGAUGACUGUUGGUUCUAAACCCCUGAAGGUGUGUGUGUUCUCAGAGUGAUGUGUAAUAAACUGUAAUUCCA